UCUGUUCCUUUCUUCUGUACUGCUGCCUUUUUCUCUUGUUUGCUUUCGAGCUGUAGAUGCUGCUGAUUCAAAGUAUUUUAAUACGCUACUCGCGUUGAAUUUCGGGUUUUCUUGGACUCGAAGAACUUCCGAUAUAUUCAGAUUUCCGGUCUAUCGGAAGUCUUUUGAUACAGCAGACAGAGAUGUGAUUUUGGCGCCAAUUUUGUGAUUGAAGUCUCUUGUAGAAGUGGGGUUGGGCUGAAGGUGGUAUUUCUUUGUUCUAACUUCCAAUCAAUUCAUAGAGUAUGAGCUCUCCGUCAACUCAAUUUGCUGCCCUUAGAGGAAUGAGCAUGUAUGAGCCAUUCCACCGUAUUACCAUGUGGGAAGACACCUUCAAAGAUGAUAUUAUUUCCAAUACAGGUCCAUCCACAAUUUUACAGGUGGAAACUAGGCUAGACAACAUGGUGAAUAUCCAUCAACCUGAAUAUAUUUCUCAUGAAUCAACGGAACAUUCCCGAAGUGAUCAAGAAGCAAAUAAUCCUCCUGACAAGAUACAAAGACGUUUGGCCCAGAACCGCGAAGCAGCUCGAAAAAGUCGUUUAAGGAAAAAGGCCUAUGUUCAGCAACUAGAAUCAAGCCGUCUGAAGCUGGCACAAUUGGAGCAGGAACUUCAGAGAUACAGGCAGCAGGGUCUGUACAUUGCAAGUGCAUCAAAUUCUAGUCAGUCAGGAUUUUCUGGAACUGUAAAUCCAGGGAUUGCUGCAUUUGAGAUGGAAUAUGCACACUGGGUUGACGAGCAACAAAGACAAAUCUGUGAACUUAGACAUGCAUUGCAAGCUCCUAUAACUGACAUAGAACUUCAGAUGCUUGUGGAAAAUGUCUUGAAUCACUAUAACAGACUUUGUGCCAUGAAAGCAGAUGCUGCAAAGGCUGAUGUAUUUUAUUUGGUUUCUGGAACAUGGACGACAUCAGCAGAGUGCUUCUUCCAUUGGAUUGGAGGUUUCCGCCCGUCAGAGCUUCUACAUGUAACACUUAGUUCAGUUCUUAUGCCACGACUGGAGCCUUUGACUGAUCAACAACAUCUGGACGUCUGUCACUUGCGACAAUCUUCUCAGCAAGCUGAAGAUGCUCUCUCACAAGGAAUUGAAAAACUUCAGCAGACUCUGGUCCAGAGCAUAGCUAUUGAUUUGAUGGGUGCUGGAAGUUAUGGCUCUCAGAUGAGCGCCGCCAUGGAGAAGUUGGAAGCACUAGAGGGCUUUGCAAACCAAGCGGAUCACCUUCGGCAACAAACUCUCCAACAAAUGUCUCGGAUCCUAACUGUUCGCCAAGCAGCUCGAGGGUUACUUGCCUUGGGGGAGUACUUUCACCAUCUUCGUGCCCUCAGUUCACUUUGGACAGCUCGCCCUCGAGAACCUGCAUAACCUGAAAAUAUUGGAGUCCCCAAAUCACUAGAUCUUGGUCUUACUCACCAUGAAUCCUUAGUCCCAGCUGCUUAGGAAGUGCGUGGGUGUAAUAUGUUGGAAUGGAUGAUGGAAAUACGUCUUAAUAGCUAGUCUUGUUUGAAGCAGCUCCAAAAACUUUGUGUAAAUAUGAAGCCUAGAAACCUGUAUUCUUGAACUAAAAUUAGGUUAGUAUAGAUGAGGAUAAAAUCUGUAGUACUUUCUUGGACAAUGUAUUUAAAUACAAUCCCCAUGUUUGGAUGGAUUGGUGGAGCUUCUAUUAACUACUGGUUGUUUAC